AUGAUUGUGCCCAACCCCCCCGUGCCACUGGAGGGUCAUUGCUCCGUCAUACACGACAACACUCUUUAUACUUACUCUUCCACUGGAUUCCUCGCCAUCCCUCUCCAGCGCAAUGGGACGUGGUCGAAUCUAACCAUGGGCGAGCCGGUCUCCGAUGCGGCAUGUGUUACCGGUGGAAUCGAUGGGAAUGAAGAUCAGCCCGCCCUCUACGUAGUUGGAGGCACAUCCUCGUUGCAGAGGAAACCGGGAUUACAGCGCUACUCUUUCAACGACAAAACAUGGAAGACCAUUCUCCCGACAGGCUCGGUUACCUCCAACCGGACCUCGCACAGCGCCAUUUACAUCAAAUCGGUCUCCUCGAUAUUGGUCUAUGGUGGUAGCCAAGUAGAUGGGUCUGGCGCUACUUCCGAUACAUUUCUUCUACAAACCGCGUCGCCCUAUACGGUAACAUCCCAAUCUGGAGAGAAUGCUUCCCCGGCUGUUUCCCCCAUUCUGGUUCCCUGGGCCGACAAUGCAGCUGCCUUGAUUGGAGGCCUAACGUCGACGAAAGGAGUCCAUAUCUAUCAACCACCGAACGGAUGGGCUGACGCCAAGAUUACCCUGAAAAACGAAGUCCCCAGUGAUUCUGAGUGUGCUCUUAUCCGUAGAUCCGAUGGAAGCAAAAUCCUCCAGGUAUUCGAUAUGAGCGUUUCACCCAACACCGUCACAACCACAGAACUAGUCAGUCCCUCACCAAAGACGACUCGAUCCUCUAGGAAAAGAAAAAGGGACAGCUAUCCGGAGUACAAUGGUACCCUUGCCUCUUCGACCACACGGCAGUCUUACUCGCUGGCUCAGGGUAACAACUCCCUGGUGGUCAUUUCGAGCGGGAGUGGCACUGAUUCGUUGGCCAUCUUCAACCAGACCUCAAAUAGCUGGGUAAACUCAACCAAACUGUUUUACGGCGAUCAGUCGGAGCAAGACAUUCUCGGUUCCACGACAACUACUACUACUACUACUACUAACACCACCAACUCCACAGCCGGAUCCGUUUCUACGUCCAGCUCUUCAUCAGGUGGCAGCUCAGGGAGUAGCAAUACUGGCACGAUCAUCGGAGCAACUCUGGGUACCCUUUUGGGUAUUGCAGCAGUCUUGUUGAUAAUUCUGUUCUUAAUCAAACGUAGGAAGGACAAACAGAAAAGGGCUCACGGAGGCCAAGAUGUCGAUAAGGACCGGUUGAGCUUCCAGGAUCAGGGUGUAGAGCCCCUGGCCCGCUCCGCCUAUCCAAUGGCGCAAAGUCCAGCACCUCUCGCGGCCAGGUCCAUGGAUUCGCUUGAUAUCUUCUCAGGCCGGGUGGGGGAUGAGAAAUGUCGCGCUCUCCCGGGCUAUAUGCCAAAUUCUCACCCCGUCAUGUCCAGUCCCCUGAUCACUAUCCAAUCCAGUGAAGAUGAGACUCCAGCCACUGACUAUAGACACAACGAUAAAGCUAUGGAGGCCCAAGAAUCCUUGCCACGCCCGGGGGAUCGAAGGUCCAAUGAAGGCUGGAGCAAGUAUUUCCAAAACAAUAAUAGUGCGGCUAGUUCGGCAGGCUUGCAGCCCCAAGGCCACCAAGCCGGUGCGGGCUUUGAACGGGGUCAGAGAGGCACUCUGUGGCCUGCGGGUGGUAAUGCCCUUCCACCCUUAAACAUGGGCUUCCUCGAACAACCCACGCCAUUGGGCCGCGUUCUCAGCGGCAGCCCGACAACGGAACACGCCUCGUCAAUCAAAGAUGGCCGUCACAUCGCAAUCCCGGAAAGCCAGUCGGCUCGAAUCUCUAGUGCAGACUCGAUCAGCCUUCACUCCGAUGACGACGAUUAUGACCAUGACGGGCGGAUGGGGUCGAAUGAUCCGAGUUGGCCAACCCAAAAUUGGAUCAACCGCCCUCCCAGCAGUACAUACAGCGGGAGCUGCUACCACAACACCCAGAGUAUCCGAGAUCUGCCUUCCGCCGGGCUGUCUCCAACGAUUGACUAUCGAAAACACGACUCGGCUCGCACGAACACCCGAGGAUCCAGUAUCCUCAUUCCCCAUGGCGAACCUAUGCCGAGGAACAACAUCAACUCCGACAUGAGCUGGCUUAACCUUAAAGCCGAUCGAUAA